GGCGCCGCAGUGCGGCGAGGCGCCGGAGCGCACGUACCGCACGCGCCAAACGCACUCGAUGCCGCCGUCGCCACCCGGCGGUAAGUCGCGCAUUCUCCCGCCAACGCCGCCCAGCUGCGGCAAGGGCCGACACGCGCGCAAACGGCGCCGUCGCGCCGCCGGCAAGUCGAAGAGCGCAAGCCUCGAGGAGCCGUCGCCGCCGCCACUCCCGGCGUCGCCGCCGCGGAUUCACGAUCAGCCGCCGCCGCUUCCCGGCGAGCCGCCACCGCCGCCGCUCGAUGGUCCGAUCGGUGCUGCGAAGGUGAUAUCGCCGAACGACCUGCCGCCGCCGGUGCUCGUGCCGGCGGUGAGGCCUCCCCUGGUGGCGAAGUCGGCGCCGCAGGCGGGCGCUGACGGGAGGAGGGGCGACGCGACGGUGGGCGGCGCCCGCUCGGCUUUCGUGCUCGUGGCGGCCGAGAACAGGCGGGAGGCGCUUGAGAACGGGCGAGAGGCGCCCAGUGACGACGGGGAAGAAGGCGACGGAGAUGCAGGGAAAGACGACGUGAAGAGGCACGAUGAUCGACGAGCUCGACGCCGACGCCGACGCCGACAACACGCCGUCAGUAAGGGAGCGGCCAAGAAGGCGGCGCGUGCUGCCCCCGCCAUGCCAGAGGUAUCCAUGCGCACGAAGCUGUACAAGCUGGGCAAGGGACCAGGCGGCAUAUGGAGUCGCAAGCCUCCAAAGAAGAUCCCCCAGACGCCACCGCCGUCUGUGCACCAAGCACGGCGCCCAAGUCGUGCCCACGAUGCUGCACCGGAACAAGGCCAGAGCCAUGAGCCUCGUGGCCCGCGUGACCCCGGCGGACCCCUCGACCGCCUCGACGCCGGAGGACACGCGGUGGCCGCGGCUGACCAGGGGUCGGGUCAACCAUCCGCUGUAGUCAACGGUCACGGCGGAGCGAGGCCAAAGGUCAGGCAGGUGGGGACGCGUGGUCAGAAACCGCAACAAAACCUGCCCCCAGCCGGAUCGCAUCACGAGCCUGAACACGCAACAGGACGCCGUGAUCCACGCCAUCGGCCCCCUCUGCCGGGUGCAGACGCUCAGCAGUCUGUGUCCUCCGACCGGCGGAUGUCCAUGAAUACCGCGGCCGGAUGGAGCGAAAACGGUCUCGAGCAGGCUGCACAAGAGGCGAGAAGCCGCCGCUGCGCCCCUCACCCCGCGCGAGGCGACCUCCAGCACAGGAGGCAUGAACGUGAUAGGAGACCCGGGGAGCACCCGACUGACCGCCCGAAGGCCUCCGGGAGUCAGCAGCCGGAGGCGGAGCGGAAGCUGCAGCCGGCGCCGCAGCAGCCCAGCAGCCAGGUGGAGGCGGCAGCAGUCGUGCUGCUGGAGAUGAGAAGGGGCAAGCUCCAGAGCACUUCUCGGGGUCUGCCAGUGCAGCACCCGAACCAGGCUCCCAGCCGUCACCAGGUCAUCGCGAACCCCGCGCCGGCCGCCUCCGAGGAAGCAGUCUCCGACAUCGGCGCCAUGGGAGUCGCUGCACCUCCUUGCCCACCUUCUGACAACACCAACGGCGGCAUCGCCGAGAAGGCGGACUCCAAAGAGGAAGGGUCACCCGAGCCUGCCCAGGCCCCCUGCCCGCGCUGCUGGAAUGACCUUCCGCUGCGCCGCCGAUCGUAUCAGGCACAAACGGCUCGGUCACUGCCUGCGGGGAAGUGAGCUGCCGCGCAGGACAUUUGCGAGCGUCGCCGAUGACUGCACCAUCCUCGCCUCGCAUGAGAGUGUUGGCUCAGAUAGAACAAUUGGAACGUUUCGUGAAGAAGGUGCAGG